AUGAAGAUCCUCGUCGCCAAGAGCCUCAUUGCUUCCGCCGUCGCCUAUGACUCGUAUGUCUCUUAUGGCGACUACGCCAGCUCCCACGGUAUAACAUGCGGCGGAACGAUUACAAGCGAGCAGACGAUCGUCCCUCCCAUGAUUGGCCCAUACUAUUACGCCGACAUGGUGUGUACCUGGAACGUCUUGCUGGAUUCGUCGGUCACGGAGUUCGAUCUGGUCGCGAAAAAUUUGCCGUUGAAUAUAAUUAUAAUUGUUCCGAGGUACUGUGGCUAUUCCGAUCCCAGCACUCUUCGACGAAAACGAGACGUUGCCGCGUCGGCAAGGAAGGAACACUCUCUCAGUCCACGCACUGGUGUCGAAAUAAACAGAAAUGGUUUUACAAGGCGAACUGUCACUGGAAACACCGCGACGAUCACUUUCAACGCCGACGGAAUGAUGCAGUACAAAGGCUUCGAGAUCGACAUCGUGUUUGACGGCGGCGCUGGAACCGAAACGGGUGAUGCCGCUCCUACUCCCGCCGAUGCUUGGGCGCAGAUCGACGCCGCUGCCACCGACGUUGCCGUCCGUGUCGACGACUUCUACGCUGCUCUUCCCGGCCUCGGCGCCAAUUCUGUCCUCGCUUCGAAAAAGGUCGCUCGAUUCAACGCUUUCUUCGCCAAGAUGCAAAAGCUCAACUCCUUGUCUUCCACCGAUCCCUGCACCUACCCCGCUGGCUCGAACGACCACACCACUUUCGUCGCACCAGUCGAUUCCGCCGACGCCUGCGAGGAAUUGAAUGGCCUUUUCGCCUCUCUCAUCUCCUUCACCGACUCUUUCGUCUGCAUGCCCGACGCCGACUACGAUCCAAUCAAAUUGACCAGACUCAUCCAGCGACAGCGACAAAUGCUCGUCACCCGAAAACUCAAGCAAAUGAAGUGCGGAAGCGCCUAA